AUGGCCACCACCCUAACAACACCACUGUUAAUAUUAUCUAUCUUCUUCAUAUUCAAUUCCAUUCCAAUCCCAUCAUCCUCUUGUCCUCUUCAUCAAAAACAAGCACUUCUCCACUUCAAAUCCACCCUCGACGCCAUCCACGAUUCCGAAUCCAGUUCUUAUCUACCCGUAGAACUAAACUCAUGGAAACCCAAUUCCGAUUGUUGCACAUGGGAUCGCCUUAAAUGCAGCAAAGCCAAAGCUGUUACCGAGCUUCACUUAUAUAGCAUCGUCCCUGAGUCUAACAAUCCAGCCCCCGUGUUCUCCAACAUCCUUACUCCUCUUUUCCAUAUCCGAUCACUGAAACUACUCGAUAUUGCAAUGAAUUCACUCCUAGGAGAGAUUCCCAGAGAUGGGUUUCGAAAUCUCACAGAAUUGGUUCAUCUUGACAUGGCGUUGAACAAAUUCAACGGUUCCAUUCCCAGCCAACUUUUACAGUUACCGAAGCUGCAAUACUUAGACUUGACCGUCAAUCCGCUACUUGGGACACUGGGACCCGAAGUGGGUUCUUUUCGGAGUUUGACUACACUAAGGUUAAGUUUUAAUAACUUCCAGGGUCCGAUUCCUUCUCAAGUUUUUGAACUGGAAUCUCUUCGAAUUCUUGAUCUAUCUAACAAUCUCUUCCAGGGUGUUUUAAGCCCUGAAGUUGGUAAACUUCGAAAUCUUGAAAGGUUGUACCUAGAUAGAAAUAUUCUUUCCGGAAUCAUCCCUAAAGAGAUUGGAAAUCUAACCAAGUUAACAGAAUUGUACCUUACAGACAAUCACUUCUCAGGUGAAAUCCCAGCUUCAGUUAUAAACUUGAAGGAGAUGGUAUUACUAGAUUUGUCUAAUAAUUCCUUCUCAUCACAAAUUCCAUCCGCCAUUGGAAGGCUACCCAACAUGACAACACUUGACUUGAGCAAGAACGAGUUGACAGGUCCAAUACCAUCAUCAUUACAAAACGUGAGCAAGUUAGAAACCCUUCGGCUCCAACACAACAAGUUAGCAGGAGAUAUACCAACUUGGUUAUUCAACAUCAAAUCAUUAAGGGGAUUGUUCAUAGGUGGAAAUGGAAAUAGCUUGACAUGGAAUAACAACACAAACAUUGUUCCAAGAUGUAGCCUACAACAGAUCUCUAUGACUUCAUGUAGACUUUCCGGCCAAAUUCCUAAAUGGAUUUCAUCACAGAAAGACUUGACUUUUCUUGAUUUGAGCAUGAAUCAACUGGAGGGAAAAUUUCCAUUUUGGCUUGCUGAUAUGGACAUGGAAGGCAUAGUCCUCUCAGAUAACAAGCUCACAGGAUCAAUCCCGCCUCGCCUGUUUGAAUCUUUAGGGUUAAAGCUUCUUGCCUUGUCCCGGAAUAAUUUUUCCGGGGAGUUGCCUGAGAACAUAGGAAACGCUAGCACGCUCUCCAUGCUUAUGUUGUCAGGAAAUAAUUUUUCCGGCAAAAUUCCAAUGUCCAUGUCCCACAUGUAUAGGCUACAGGUUCUCGAUUUGUCAAGAAAUAGAUUUUCUGGCGAUAAUUUCUUUGUUCUUGGAGAUAAAAAUCUUCCAUAUAUAGACUUGUCCUACAACGACUUUUUUGGUAAGAUCCCGAUGACUUUUUCUUCAGAAACACGAGUUCUUUCUUUAGGUGGGAAUAAGUUUUCCGGCGACCUGCCUUCGAAUUUAAGUAACUUGGUAAGCCUCGAAAGUCUCGAUCUUCACGGCAAUGAUAUAACUGGAAAUUUUCAUGAUGUUCUCCCUCAAAUCCCAACGCUUCAAGUCUUAAACCUAAGAGACAAUUCCCUUAAAGGAUUUAUCCCGAGAACAAUCUCCAACCUCACUUCUCUUCGGAUUCUUGAUCUUUCAGGGAACAACCUAACAGGAAGUAUUCCACAGGAAAUCGGAAACCUUAAAAGAAUGAUCGAAACUCCCCAUACAAAGUAUGUUCCUUUCGACAUAUGGCCUAGAUACAUGUUCAUCUAUGAUGAUUUUCUUGACAACGUCGAGUUUCAGGACUUGGUAGUGAACUGGAAGAACUCCUUUCAAGGUCUGUCGAGUCACAGCAUUGGUAUUUACUCGUUCAUGGACUUAUCAGACAACAGAUUUUCUGGUGAAAUUCCAGCAUCCGUAGGCAAUCUGGAAAGUUUAAAAGUGUUAAACAUUUCUUACAACAACAUCUCGGGGCACAUUCCAGUGUCUUUCGGAAAUCUAAAGGAUAUGGAGAGCUUAGAUUUGUCGCACAACAAAAUCUUUGGUUCAAUUCCUCAAUCACUAGUGAAGUUGGAUCAACUUGCAAUACUGGAUGUGAGCAACAACAGGCUAACAGGUAAGAUUCCAACUGGUUGGCAAAUGAACACGAUGAACGAGUUAAAGUUUUUUGCAAACAAUAGUGGAUUAUGCGGCAUGCAGAUUAUGAUCAAAUGCCCCGAGGAUAUCCCACCGACACCAACAGAAGAGAGUGAGGAGGAAGACGAGAAACUAUCGUGGAUGUUGUGGGAGGGAGCAUGGUUUGGUUUUCCGGUUGGGUUCUUCUCAUCGAUCUUGAUCAUGGGCUACUUACUGAACUUUUUACUACUCUUCAAAUUUUGGUAA